ACUCAGGAAGUCAACAGGGGAAGUUUAGUGGUUUCUUGCGUCAUCACAAGCUGCUUCUUGGUUGUGCCGGUGCAGUGUGAAGAGAGCCACCCAACACAGCGCAGGACGGCAUGACUCAACACAAUGCCUUAAAACACAGGUCGGCAUAGCACGCUAACCCAAGGCACACCACGGGGUGGUUAAAAAAAAAAAGACUGGAUGUGAAGGAGGUUGAGACAGAAGACGAAGAGAUGCGGCGACUCCGGAGGAAAGGCGGGAACAGUGAAAAGGUGUUCGGCUGUGACCUGUUAGAGCACCUGGGUGCCACCUGUCAGGAGGUUCCCCAGGUCCUGCGGAGCUGCAGUGAAUUUAUCGAGGAGCACGGCGUUGUAGAUGGGAUCUACAGACUCUCUGGGGUGUCAUCUAACACACAGAAACUAAGGAGUGAGUUUGACAGCGAGGGGACCCCAGAUCUCAAUAAGGAUGUGUACCUUCAGGACAUUCACUGUGUCAGCUCACUGUGUAAGGCCUACUUCAGAGAGUUGCCCAAUCCUCUCCUCACAUACCAGCUCUAUGACAAAUAUGCUGAAGCUGUGGCGAUUCAGCUGGAGGAGGAGAGGCUGGUGAAGAUCAGAGAUGUGCUGAAGGAGUUACCUGCUCCGCAUUACAGGACUCUGGAGUUCCUGAUGCGUCAUCUUGUCAGAAUGGCUUCCUUCUCCUCACACACCAACAUGCAUGCCCGAAACCUUGCCAUUGUUUGGGCUCCAAACCUUCUCAGAUCUAAAGACAUUGAGGCGUCAGGGUUUAAUGGUACUGCAGCCUUCAUGGAGGUGAGGGUCCAGUCAAUCGUGGUGGAAUUCAUCCUCACGCAUGUGCCACAGCUGUUUCCGGAUUCAGGUGUUUCUUUAGAGCGUCGUAAGUCGCUCCCAUCUCCCUCCAUACACAGUCCAGAAGAGCCUUUCUUCCGGGCCCUGCCAUUACAGUUAGGCAAUAUCAGCCCAGGGGAUGGUCCACCAGCCAUGCGCUCCUACCAUGCAAUCAUAGAUGGCACAGACAAGAGAAAGGGAUCUCUGAAGGGCAGGAAAUGGAAGUCCAUCUUCAACUUAGGAGGCAGACUCCAUGACCCAAGACGAAGAAACAAGAACUCAACCAAAGAAAAAGAGAAAACUGUCUUGAGGCCAGCCAAGAGCAUGGAUUCCCUGAGCUCAGGGGCCUAUCAGCAUGAAGGCUCCAGACUACGACCCCCUUCCACCACCUUGAGCCCCCUGGCCCAGCCCUCUGCCUGCCCCCAGGGGGGUGCUGAAGGUGGGCCAUCCAGUAGCGGUAUGGGCAGCGGCUACGCGGUGACCUACCGGAGGGGUCAGGGGGCUAGUGUGAGUGUAGUGAGUGGAGGCGGGGGGACACAAGGCUCGUACAGCCGACUGGACACAUACAGCGGCGGGGCCAACAGUACGGACACCCUGCAGCCACCUUCCAGAUCCCCAGGAGUGUCCAGCAAAGCAGACCGGCGGGCUGGGAUCCACAUCUCCGGGCCUUUCUCGGUCACCGUCCCCCUUCACAUAACAUCAGGCCUGGCCUUUGGGGUGCUGCAGGGGGGUGGAGCAGACCGGAACAUGAUAAGAGGAGGACAGGAGGGCGGAGAGAAGGGAGAGGGCGGGGAGGGCGACAGACCCAAGGAGCAGGACGGAGAAAGGCACAUCCAGCUGGAUGCUUUUGGGGAGACUGAUCUAGAAAAGAGGAAAGAUGAAGAGGCAAUGGAGGAGAGGAGAGAGAAGGAAGAUGAGGGAGAGGAAGAAGUGAAUGCGGACAAUACGUGCAAGCCAUCAGAAGAGAUGGCCAGAGAUAGUCAGGGGGAUGAAGAAACCCCUGAUGAUGAUGAGGAGGAGGAGGAGGAGGAGAAGGAGGAGGAGGUGGAUGAUGAAGAGGGGGAAUACAUGGAUAUGAAAGUGCUGACUGCCCUGGAAGCCCCCGAUAUGGCAUCUGUCAGACAGGAGGCUGUUUCCACAGACCCAAUGGAGGAGUAUGAUGCACAAGACCAGGACUGUCCAUUGGACUUUCAGGAUACUUUUGGAUUCCUGGACCUCAUGGACAGUGUUGGCAGCCAGAUGUUCCAGGAGUUCUCAGUGGAGCCUCCUCAUGGGGAGUAUGAUGACGAGGUGGACCAGGGCACCCCUGGACAGUCUCCUAACAGACCUGACCCUGUCACACAGACAUGUGUAGACAUACACACACCGCCGCUGACAGGCUGCCAGACACACACACUGACGUCCGCACACAGACCUCUAAGCUUUGAUCAACAUGGGCAAACCAACAAGUCCAUGAGUCUGCCUUACAUGUCCAGGCCAUUCCUGCCUCCUCUGUCCUCUUCCUCGGAAGAUGAGGAUGAUGAGGAUGACGAAUAUGACGAAGAAAAUGAUGAUUACGAUCCAGAAGAUGACAAUGAUAUGUUCUGUAAAAGUCUACCAUCUAGUUUGGUGUUCAGCAGACAGAACUGGUGUGGGUCUCAGACCGACUUGGAAAACAUUUGGCCCCUCCCCUCUGAGCCCCCAAAUCAAUUGGACAGUGCCUCUUAUGACAGACCAAUUCCUAUGAACCAAUCACAGGGUUCUGAGGCCAGGAUACCUCCUGGGUGCUUGGACACUGAUUCACCAAAAUGCUGUGACCCAUUAGAAGAGGUAUUGCGGCAAUGCAAGGCUGAUGAAGAGAACAGGCCUGAAGCAAUGGAACUGGUGGAAGAGGAUACGGGUCAGGACACCGGAAGCCAUCAGAAGGACCAGGAAGACUCCCUGACCAAUCCGUGCUCAGAAAGCACUGAGGUAGAAGAAAGUUCCCACCAGGUUGACAGCAGCAUCAUGGAGGAGGAGGGUGCAUUAGAUGACAGUGAGAGAGGCGUUGCUCCAGCUUCUUCAUUAACGGUCUGUGAGAAGACCUCCCUGCAGAUCACGGCAGAUGGACAGGGAGAGGACACUGGAGUACACAUGCAGCUCAGAGACAAGGGAGAGGUCUCAAAAAGUCACUGUGGUGAAGAGGCUAUGAUUUCCCAGGUUUACAAUGGGGAUACAGCAAGUGAAGCCAAGCCUGAAGACCCACACAACAAAUUAUUCACAGCCAUUCAUGUGGUUUCUUGUGCUGAAGAGACAGAGAACAUAAUGAAUGAUCAGUCAGAACACCUUUCUGGUGAUUUAACUUGGGGUGUGACGGAGCAGCAUGAACCCAGUGUUGACAGGGAGAAAAGAGGUUAUGGAGAGAAGCCGACAGAGAUGGAGAAGAGAGAAAAUAGCAAUGAAAUGAACAAAAAAGAGUUAGAGGAAAUGAGAGUUGAGAAUGAGGGUGAUAUGGGCAAAGAACAAAAGAGAAAUGUAUUAGAAACAGAGGACAAAGGAAUGGCGGUGAAAGUAGAGAUGGAGCAAGGUAACGUGUUCCAAGAGGUAGAAAACAUGACAGGUGAGGAAGGGGAAGGAAGAGACGAGGAAGAGUACAUGUUUGAAGAGAAGCGAAGCACAGUAACUAGGGAGGAGAUAAUGGAAAGUGAGCAUGGAACUGACAGACAGGGGGAAACUGAGGAAAGAAAAUCCAUCACGGAGGCGAAAGAAACUAAAGAAGUGGGAGAGAUCCCUGAGAUACAACAGCAGGAAAUAAUACAUGAGACGUGUUUAGAAGAAGAGACAAAACAAGAGGAGGAAGGAAUUAAUACCACAGGAGAGACUGAGGAAGAGGCAGCUAAAGAUAGUAUGGAAAACAUUUUGAUUGAUAAUGAGAUGCCGGAACAGGCUCUAGAGGCACAGCACGUUGUGCAGACACAGAAGAUGGACGUAGAUUUAAUAAGGGAUGCUUUGGCAGAGAGCGACGGGGAGGGAGAUGAACAGAUGGGUAGCAUACCGGUGGUCCAGUGGGAGACAGAGGAGGGUGAAUCAACAGGGAGAGACAGGGAGGAGGAAGAGGAGACAAAAGAGCAAACACCAUCAGUAAGGGAGGAAGAACUUAAAGAUGUCAAGAUGAACUGCCAAGAGCUCAAUCAAGGAGGGAAAGAAGAAAGGGAUGUUGAAGUUAGCUUUGAAAAGGGGCCAGGGAGAACGCUGGUCACGGCUAAACAACAAAGUCCCUCUAAAGUGCAUCUAGCAAGAUCCGUGCCGGUAGUGCCGCCCAAGCCACACCACUGCCGAAUGACCGCAUUGAACCUCCGACAGCAGCAGCAAGACAGGGUGAAGAAAGACGGGGACCGGGACAUGGGAAAGGUUCCCAGGGCUUUAGCACAGCAUGACAAAGAGAGGAAGAUGGAAGGAAAGUCCGAGCCCGGCAGAGUCUGGGAGACGGAACCAGGGGGGAAUGAGGACAGGGAAGACGAGGGUAGAAGCAGAAGGGAGUGGCAGACACCGUGGGGAGGGGAGCGGGAGAGGAGGGACCUGGACGAGCCAACGAAGAACAGUCCUAUCAGUAUGUGUUUUGACGAGGCUGUUGCCAUGGGAAUCAAGAGAGGGAGAGAGAAAGAGGGAUGUGAAAGAGAGAAACAGAAAGAGAGGGGAUUUGAAGUACAAUAAAGAGAGGAAGAGGUGAACAGACAAGCCAGUAAAAUGUUGUUGUCAUUGACUCUUUCUGGAACGUUAGUAUGCACACCGAUCAGUUAUAUUUCAUACUGUUUAUAGAAUUAUACCUGGGUCUAGAACCAGUACAGAUUUAGGUCUACUCCGAAAAAUGAAACCUUGGCGACUGCAAUCUCUCUUUCUGAAAAUGUCCUCCUGUUUGUUGACAUUUUCAACCUGUUAACCUAACAUGCUAUUUUAACUUGGUUUUAAUCAAUAUGCAAACACGUUGUCAAUUACACUCACACAUUUAAAUAUCUGGCAACACAUCUAAUGCAUAUCCUUGGGUAUUAAGGGUAAGCAAAAAUGUAAUAUUUUGUGUCAUUAUUUUAGUCAGUUCCAUAAAUAAAUGCAUUUUGUAUUUUUACUUUGUUUUGUGAAUAAACUUCCACAUCGA